CUCCCGCCCUUUGAGGGGGACCCGCGUGGGGUGCUCGGGAGCCCCGGGCGCUUGCACUGCACCGGGCUGUUCCGCGCUUUCUUUGCCCUCGUGACGUCCCACGCAUUGUCUGAAAGCGAGUUGUCAAGUCGUUUUGUAUGGGAGCAAAGGGAAGAAUCCCCAGUAUUUCCGGAUGUGAAUUUUUGCAGGCUUUAAGGAUAACUAUAUGAAAAACCCAUAAACACCUCCAAAAUUUAGUAUAUUUAAGAGUCAAUCAGUUCUUGACAGAUUACUGUUUUUUGAAAAGUCAUUCUACUUGAGAAAAGUCAAGGUGUGAAAGGCCGUCAACGAACUGAUAACCGAGUAGGUUUUAAUUCCUCACACUGCAGAAUAGAUGUGUUUAUAAAAAUUUAGCCUUGUUAGUGAAAAAGACACAGCCCCUAUCUAAUUAAGCGUCAGUUAGAGAAACUAAAGUUUAAAUACACGGUUACGGUACAAUAUGAUACCAUUGAGAUUGCUGGAAAGACCUCUUAGCCCAGUCUGGGAAAGUCAGGGAAAUCUCCCAGGGUAGAAAACCAGAAGACCCGCAUAUGGGGAGUCGCCAAGGUGGUACUUUCAGGAAAAAAAAGUUCAAGAAACUGCAGUGAGCCAAAUAAUACAUAUUUUGGGAGGGAAAACUUUUUGUGUAUUGAGAGACAUAUAUUGUGAAUUUUCCAGAUAGUAUCCGAAAGUGACCUAUCCUUGAACGGAUUUACAAUUUUGACAAAUAGGUCUAAUUUGGAAAGCCUGGCAACAUUAGAAUGCUACUAGUUUAAAUCAGAAUUUUUUAAAAUGAGAACGUUUUAGGGGUAAAAAUACAAACCAACAGAACGUUCCUUUUUUGUCUCCUGGGCUCAUCCUCCUUUGUCCAGACUGCAAAGGGCUGGGUAGUGUAGUAUCUUAAGUCCAGGGCUCCUUUUUACUGCGUAGUUGCAUGUGAUCUCACCCAUGCCCGUGGCCUCACCACGCCUGUGGCUCUUACAUGUACAGCUCCGUCCACCUCUGCCCUUCAGCUGUCACAUAUCCAUUUCGUUGAUAUUUCUUCUUGGAUAUCUCAAACUGAACAUUCCUGAAACCAAAUGCAUGGUUAUCUCUCAUGAAUCUGAUUCUUUUCCGGUGUUCUCUAUUUCAGUUAAAGACACUACCACCCACUAAUGAAAAUUUGAAACCUAAGCAUUUUUCUUGAUUUCUUCCUGUCCUUUAUACCUCUGUAGCCAAGUUGUUACUAAGUCUAUCAAUCAUAUCUCCCAAGUAUACCUCAAAUCCAUACUUUCUCCAACAUCUACAUAAGCAUAGUCUUUUCCAAACUGCCAUUUCUUGCCAAGGUUAUUGUAAUCAUGCUUAUCCACUCUGGCUCUUCAUUAGCUCUUCACACAACAGCCAGAAUCACCUUUUUAAAACACACAUCUCUAAUCAGAUUUUCUCUUAAAACUGUUCAGUGGUGUCCCCACAACUCUUAAAGGCAAAACUUCUUUGUAAAGCUGAAUGUCACCUGGUCCCUUUCUUCACCUGAAGCCUCACGUAGUCUACCGCCUUCCCCUCUGCUUUAGCCAUACCGAUCGUCGUCCCUGGUUCUCAGAUUCCCUGUCAUCCAUUCAUUCACUCAUCUGUAUCUGUAGAGUACCUUCCACAACAGUACAUUAAGGCAAUGCCACUGAGCACAAUGUACAGAAAUCCCUACUUUCGUAGAACUUGCAUUCUAAGGAGAAAUGGACAAUAAAUAACAUACAGUAAAUGAAGACAGAGGCAAUGGGGAAGAAUAAGAACCAACUGGGAAUGGAGGGGAAUGUUGUGGGGAGCAAGGUUCACCUUUAAUUAAGGUUUCCAGAGAAGACCUAAUCAAUAAGGGGACAUUUGAGAGGAUCUGAAGUCGGAGGAGGAGUCAGCCGUUCAGAUUCCCGCAGGAAGAACGAAUACUCGUGAAGAGAACAGCAGAAGCAAGGCCCGUGGGCCCUCACGUUUGAGACAGAGCAGCGUGGCUGGACAAAUUUCAGUGUUACCCCAAGUGUAGAGCUCAAAAAUGAUGGUAAAAGCCUCAGUGAAAGAUCAUCAUGUUUGUAAUGGAUUCUGAAUUAAUGCACAGUAUAGUAGGAAGCUACCUUAAACCUCCAGAAAGAGUAGUUGUUCCGUCAUUCACUGAGAGUGAUGAAUCAGCUCAGACUCACCGUCCUGUGAACUUAGAAGUUACCUCUCCUAAAACGCUUCAUAGUCCAAAUAGCCAAGCUCUUAUUUUAGCCUUAAAAGCUCUUCAGGAAAAGAUCCACCGUUUAGAGUUGGAGAGAACACAAGCUGAAGAUAACCUGACCAUUCUUUCCAGAGAAGCGGCGCAGUAUAAAAAGGCCUUGGACAGUGAGACAAACGAGAGAAAUCUGGCACAGCAGGAGCUCAUGAAGCAGAAAAAAGACGUAAGCGCACAGCUCAGCGCGGCGCAGGCUCACUGCGCUCUUCUAGAGAAGCAGCUCGCGUGCGCAAAGAGAAUGGUUCUCAACGCAGAGCGGGAGAAGAGUAUGAUCCUCGAGCAGCAGGCCCAGCUUCAAAGGGAAAAAGAAAAAGAUCGUCUGAAGCUGCAAGCAAAACUUGAAAAGCUCAGUGUCUUAGAAAAAGAAUGUUUUAAACUCACAACAACUCAGAAAACUGCCGAGGACAGGAUUAAACAUUUAGAGGGAAAACUCCAGGAGGAAGAACAUCAUCGGGAGCUGUUUCGGGACAGAGCUGCCGAGCUUCAAACUGGACUUGAAAUCAAUAGAAUUUUAAUGUCCUCAUUAUCAAAUCCAAAACGCUCCAAGGAUAAGAAAGCUUCAAAGAAAAGUAAGUGUUUAAAUAAAGGACUCCCUCAGCGGAUUCAGUCAAGGUUUGGAUUGCUGCCCCUUGAGACUGGAAAGUCUGCCAGGGCAAGUCAUUCCGUGAACGUGAGUGUGCAGAGCCUCCUGCAGACGAUGCAGCACUGUGGGCCCCGGGGCCUUCAGGGUCCUGCUGAAGCUGCUGAGCCGAGAUGCCCCCGCAGGCCCACCAGAGCUGCUUCCCAGGGUGCCGCUGUGCCUGACGCAGAAAAGUCCAUUUCCAUGUGUGACUGUUUGUCUGAACUUUUGAUAGCAAUGCAUGAUGAGCUGGACCAAAUGGGUUUGAAGCAUCAGGAACUCCUGAAUCAAAUGGAGGAAACUGAAAGCGGUUCAGUGUGUGAAGACAUAGAAUGUGAACUAGAGCGCUUAGUCAAGAAGAUGGAAGUUAAAGGAGAACAAAUUUCCAAACUGAUGAGGCAUCAAGACAAUGUCCGUAAACUGCAGCAAAAAAUUCAAGACUCAAAGAUGAGUGAGGCUUCAGGCAUUCAGCAAGAAGAUAGCAACUCUAAAGGAUCAAAGAACAUGAAGAAUAGCCCCAGAAAAUGUUUGCUAACUGACUCUCUUCAGAAGAACAACUUCCAUCCAUUCAGAGUCCGUAAUCUUCAAAUGAAAUUGAGAAGAGAUGACAUCCUGUGGGAACAAUAACAUGAUAUCAAUAACAACAACACAGUAGCAAAACCGUAAAUGAACUGUCAGUGAGAUCUUGAAUUGCCUAAAGUGGUUUUAAUAUGCCUUUAUGAUACUUUGAAUUAUUUUUCUAGCCCCUAUAAACUGUCAAGUUAGAGUAUUUUAGAAUUGAUGCCUAAUGACCUAAGAGUCCCAAAUAAUAAAUAAUUGAUUGUUUGUUUCUCUUAUUAACUGAAAUGCCUAAUCACACCAUGUUUUAGAAACAUUGUUCACCUUACAUAUAUCUUAAGCUAAACCUCAGAAAUUAUACUGGAUUGAUGAUGUUUAAAAUUGAGUUAAUGUGAGACCCAAGUACCAUUCUGCUUUUUCAUUUAGUAACUAGCGUGUAAACUUAAGAACAAAGGUAAAAUGAACAUAGCACGGAAGGGUCUUUUAAUUUCCCUGGUGCUUCCUCCCUGUCUUGUUUUAGGGCUAUGAAAUAUUUUUCUUUUUUUAGAGAAGGAGAAGCUUUCUGAAGAGGUCUUAGCCCAAGCUUCUGUGUGACAAAAGAACCUGUAGUUAUUUAAUUUUUAGGUGACACCAACUCGGCUGUAGAAGUCGUCCUCUGCUAUCCCCAUUCUUUUACAAAUCUCCUGGGGGUUUUUUAAACACCAGUGACCCCAUCCUAUCCUUUUAUAACUCUAACUUGAUGACGUCUGGUCUUUACAUUAUAUAUAAUAUUCAUGUGUAUAGACGAAUUAAUUUCAAGGACCCACACUAUAUUCUUUUAUAGGAAUAGAAAGAUGAUGUUGAAAAUUUCAUUACUUCAUCUAGUAAAAAUUCAGGAAAAGAUACACUUUUAUUUUUUAUAUUUUUAAGUCAGCAAGGUCAUGGGAUUGCUUUGUGUGUGUGUGUGCUUUAUAAUAAAUUUCCACUUGUUGACCUAUC